AUACGAACGUGAGAGAGCGUUUUCAUACCGCUUUAUUGAUUUUGAAUGUAUUGAGUUAGAAACAAAAACUGUGUAAAUCUGAUGAACUAUAUCACUCUUUCUACGAGUUAACAAUAUCUUUUGUACUAUUUUACAUUAAUAUGAAACUUGUAAAACGAUUUGGUACGUUGCGACCGUGACCCUCAAAUUAGGUUGACUACGUUUUGUAAGAAUUCCUCAGAUUCACAGAAAGUACUAAAUGAUACGGGAAUUUAAUGAUUCUUCAGAUGAAGAUGAAAUGGAUAAUCACUACCAGCCAGAUCCAGAAUGUCUAGUGCUCACCCGACCGGAUCGUGAUAUGCACAACCGUUGCUGUGGUGGCAAAGCUUGGUGCAUAAAGGAUAUCUGUGGAAUAAUAUGCGCAGUUUUGACAUGGCUGUUGAUAUUGUAUGCCGAGUUUGUGGUGAUGAUGGUAAUGCUACUGCCGGGCGUGUCGACAUAUCCCUUCUACAGCUAUGCAAAUAUUAUAUUGUUCCAGACUUUAGCAUUCUUGGCUUUUGCAUCUCAUCUUAGGACAAUGUUCACUGAUCCGGGUGCAGUACCAAAGGGCAAUGCAACUAAGGAAAUGAUAAAGCAAAUGAGUUUCCGUGAAGGGCAAGUGAUAUUCAAAUGCACAAAGUGUUGCAGCAUAAAACCAGAAAGAGCUCAUCAUUGCUCAGUUUGUCAGAGAUGUAUUAGGAAGAUGGAUCAUCAUUGCCCGUGGGUGAACAACUGUGUAGGUGAAAAUAAUCAAAAGUAUUUCGUAUUGUUCACGUUCUACAUAGCUGCGAUAUCAAUUCACUCGCUUACUCUCUCUGUGUAUCAAUUCGUGACAUGUAUUAGACACGAGUGGCGUGAUUGCAGUACAUAUUCCCCACCGGCUACGGUCGUACUUUUACUGUUUCUGAUCGCUGAAGCUCUACUAUUCGCAAUAUUUACCGUUGUCAUGCUCGGAACUCAAUUACACGCUAUAUGGAAUGAUGAGACGGGUAUUGAGCAGUUGAAGAAAGAACAAGCAAGAUGGGUUCGUAAAUCUAGAUGGAUGAGCAUUCAGGCUGUUUUUGGACGAUUUUCAAUUCUAUGGUUUUCACCAUUCACUCAACCUUCGGUCAAGACGAAACUAGAAAGUUACUUAUACAGUGUGUAAAGCUUGAUAAAACGCAAGUAAAUUCACUUAAUAUAUAACCGUGGGUUUCUGAGACCAAAAUGUCUGUAUAAAACAUGUCAUCUCUAUGAUAAUUAUUGACAAAACAGAGAUUACAAUGUUUUCCAGAGAUUUUGGUCUUAGAAACCCACGGUUAAUGUUUUAAUUUUAUGAAAGUAGUGAUGCGUGGAUCUCUCACUAUUAUUAUCAAACUAAAGCAAUAUUUACUCCGUUUUUUAAAUGUUAGAAGUCGUGUUUAACGUUAUUAUAAUUAAUAUACCAAAUGUAUGCAUUUAUUCGCAAUUUCUCUAUUUGUGUUCCGAUCGAUACAUAGAAAUAAUGUUGUUUAAUAAUUAGUAUAUAUAAAUAUAUAUAUAUUUAUAUUUAACAAACA